GGCUAAUUACUGAGACCACUAUUUACAGCCACAUGGUAGCACUUUACAUGCAGUCUUCAAUACAUAGAGAUGGACUAUGGGCAGUUCCUGCACAGCCACGGUGCUCAGCUGGAGAGAAUCCCUCAGAUGUACUGGGAGGCCCUUCAUGCGAAGCUCUCCUCUGAGGACUAUGAUGCUGGAGGUUACUUCACAAUGAGCUGUGAUGAGGAGAAUGGGUGGAGAGUGUGUGUCUCUAACAAGGACGGCCUCUCUAAAGACAGCCCCAACAGUGUGUUUCUGGUGGAUCAUGCGUGGACAUUCCAACCACCCAGUGUACGAGGUCUCCUAGCAACCGUCCCAGGACUAGCCAAUCGGAUGGCAGCACUCAUGAAUAUUGUACAGUUGCCGUGUGUUGGAGAUGAGGACAGUGACUCUUAUGAUGCCGACAGUGAAUCAGGUGAUGAGAAAAGAGAGAGCUCUGACUCCAGUCAAGAUGUACUGUCGCCAGUCAACCAAUCAGAAAGCAGCAGCGUUGCUCCCCCUAUUACCAUGACGACACAUGACGGCUAUUCAUCUGUUAACCUUGGUGAUGCUACUGUUACCGAGGACCGCUACAAGAUAGCACAACUAGAGGGCAAAGUUCAAGAAUUGGCAGUGGAGUCGUCCAAUCAGAUUACAGAUCAGUCAUCCAGUCAACCGUCCAAUGAGAUUAUAGACGCUGUUACUCGGAGAAUGUGGAGAUAUUGCCAUGCCUACCAUGUCAACAACUCUCCAUUGCCGAUAUGGUACAUUAUGGAUGAGUUUGGAUCUCGUAUCCAGCAGUCCUGGUCUCCAUCAGUUGCCAUGGCAAUGUUCUUCUAUAUACCCUCUCAGCUCGCCUUCACUGCAGUAUGGCCACUCAGGGACAUGGCUUAUGGUGAGGAGGUGACAUGUAACUACGUGCCUGAGUGUGUGAAGGAGGGUGGUCUGGAGGCGUGGUGUCAUAGCUUACCCUGGACUGGAGAUGAUGUCACUAUGCAUGAUGAUUGGGAACAACUGGAACAGUUUAAUACACCAGAGCCUUCAGAGCGCUGUAACGAGGACACCCUCACAUCCUCCACACCGCCCCCUCACAAACUCUCCUACACUGUACACACAGAUAUCAAGGUCGUCCAAUUGCAUUUGACCAUCCCAGAGUUCAAAGUGCAAGGAGGCGUGUCUGCAGGGGAGGCGGACAUUUUGUGGCUGGCAGAACACUUUAAACAAUUCAAAAGUCUUCGUCCUCAUCAAUAUGUGAAUCAGUUUCCUUGUGAGAAUAUGAUCACUUGUAAAGAUCUUAUGGUGCUGGUUGCUAAGCGGGCAGGGGAAACCCCUCCAUGGCUGCCGCUGACCUUUAACCUCUUAUACGAGCUGCCCAGAUUUGUGAAAUGUUUUACAGAGAAAAAAAAGAGUGGAGAGGAGGCUAACGUGUGGAUAGUGAAGCCAUGGAACCUUGGUCGAGGGAUGGGGAUCACAGUCACUGAUAAUCUGAUGGAGAUUAUACGCCUGGCUCAAAUUGGACCCAAGAUUGCUUGUAGGUAUAUAUCGCGUCCAGUGCUGUUUAGGCGUGAUGAUAUUGAGGGUUGGGUUAAGUUUGAUGUACGCUACAAUGUACUGCUCAAGAGUGUGUCUCCAUUAGAGCUGUUUGUGCAUGACGUCUUCUGGUUGAGGUUUGCCAACAAACCGUUCUCAUUGGACGAUUUCCACGAUUAUGAAAAGCACUUUACAGUAAUGAACUAUACUCAGGGUGGCACUAAGCUCAAACAGAUCCAUGAUGUCGACUUCAUUCGAUUGUUUGAGAGCAUGUACCCUGCCACCUCCUGGAGCAGUGUACAGGAUAAGAUGUUCUCAGUGAUAAAAGAGCUCUUCACAGCCGCUGUGUCAGGCCAGCCGCCUGCUGCACUGGCCCCUUGUCAUCAGGCCAGAGCCAUGUAUGGACUGGACAUGAUGCUAGAGUGGGGACCAGCUGGUGAGAUGGAACCAAUGUUGAUAGAGGUCAACUACUGUCCUGAUUGUACACGCGUGUGCAAGCACUGUCCUCAGUUCUACAACCACGUCUUCCAAACACUGUUUGACAUUCCAGGAGCUAGCCCUCCAGUCACGAGGCUAAUCUAAUGCUAGUCUAAUGUGCCUCUCUCUUGUGUAUGUGUGGAGUUGUGUAACAUUUGUUGUUAAUUAAUUAUGAUAAAAACUGU